AUGAUUUCCCCUCCCAAAACAGUCGAGGAAAUCCUCGCCACGGGCGUGAUUAACCCCGACUUCGAAGCCGCCUGGAAAGCCCGUGGUUCACCGCCCGGUGCCAUGCCGGCCGAUGUGCCCACCCUGAAGCGCAUCGUCGACGGCAGCUUGCCCGACCUGCAAACCAAACUCGCAGCCAGCCGCGCAGCCAAUAUCAUCGAAAUAGAGCACACCAUAACCCUAGACAACGGCACCUCCUCCCGCUUCCUCAUCUGCUACGCGACGCCCGAGGCAACCGAAGGAACCCAGCUCCCCAAACCAUCCCCUAUCAUCACCCUCUUCCACGGUGGCAUCCACGUCCUCGGCUUCCCUGAAUUCGACCUGCCCCUAGCCCGCCAACUCGCCCUCACCCACCGCGCCGUCGUUGUCAUCCCCUCCACCCGCAAAGCCCCCGAGCACCCCUUCCCCAGCAUGAUCGACGAUGCCUGGUCAGCCGUCAAAUCCAUCGCCCAGGACGCUACUACCAACCCCUCCUCUUCCCCGCAGCGCAACUUCCUCCCCGCUCACGCCGACCCCAAAGCCGGCUUUAUCCUCGGCGGCGCGUCCUCCGGCGCCAAUUUUGCGGACGUCAUCACCCACUUUGCGCUGACCGAGCCGCUCCCGUGCGCCAUCACCGGCCAAUUUCUCGUCUGCGGCGGAUUCAUCGACCAAGACGACGUCCCCGCGCCGUACCGGGAACGGUAUCUCUCGCGCGAGCAGAAUCGGGAUGCGCCGGUGGUCAAUGCCGAGUUUUUGAAAGCGUUCCGGGACGCCAUCCAGCCAGACGCCAAGUCCCGCUCCUGGGCGCCGUUUAUGCAACGUUCUGCGCGAGACAGGGAGCGGCAGGGCAAGCAUGUUGGGAUGCCGAAGACGUAUUUUCAGGUGUGUGGGAUGGAUAUUAACAGGGAUGAUGGGUUGAUUUAUGAGAGGGUGCUGCGGGAGGAGUGUCAGGUGCCGACGAGGCUGGACUUGUAUGCUGGGUAUCCGCAUUGCUUUUGGGAUAGUUAUCCGGACUUGGGACUGUCGGAGAAGAGGGCGGAGGAUACGAUCGAGGGAUUUCGGUGGUUGUUGUCUUGA